CACUAAUGGCGUCAAACACAUGAAAACCAACCAUUUUAUAAACCUCCUCCUGCUUUAACCGAUGGUUGUUCGAUUAUAAAACGGCCCUCAGACCCAAAUGCACAAGCAAUCACACAAACAUAGCAACUUAACAAAGCUUACUGGUUUUUCGAUCCAUAGUUAAUUUCUACCAUGAAAAUGAUGAGUUCAUUGCAGCUUUGGCUUCCUUUGUUGCUGAUCAUCUCUUUGACCUUUGAAUCUCCGGUGGCAGGGCAGCAACAUUCAAUGGAUAUGUCGGCUCAUUCAAACUGGGAACCAACUCCGAAACCUUUGAUACCAGGUUUACCGAAAAGAGUGAGAUGCCUUCUUCCUUUUUUCCCGCCAUGCUUCAAUCUGUGGCACUCUUGUCCAGUCGACUGCUCAAACAACUGUUUCAUGGAUUGUGUUUCCUGCAAGCCAGUUUGUAGUUGCAACAUGCCGGGAGCUGUGUGUCAAGACCCACGAUUUGUAGGAGGAGAUGGUGUCACAUUCUACUUCCAUGGUCGUAAAGAUCAAGACUUCUGUCUUGUAUCCGACACCAACCUUCACAUCAAUGGUCACUUCAUCGGAAAACGAAACCCUAAACUCACUCGUGACUUCACAUGGGUGCAAUCCAUUGGAAUAUUGUUUGACGAUCACAAACUCCUUGUCGGAGCCAAGAGAACGUCGACAUGGGAUGAUAGCGAAGAACAUGUUUUUAUAUUUUUCGACAAUACUCCUCUAUCCAUUGAAGGGAAAAACUGGAUUUAUCGUAAUUCAUCUCUACAGAUCUCUAGAACAAGCCCGACUAAUGGUAUUGCAAUUGAAGUAGAGAACAGUUUCAGGAUUACAGCCACCGUGGUGCCGAUCAGUGCGGAAGAAUCAAGAGUUCAUGGUUAUAAUAUCACAGAUGAUGAUUGUUUCGCUCAUUUGGAUUUAGGGUUUAGGUUUUUUAAUCUAGGUGAUGAAGUGGAUGGGGUUUUAGGGCAAACUUAUAGGAGAAAUUAUGAGAGUAAGAUUAAGGUUAGUGCGAAUAUGCCAGUAAUGGGUGACAAACCCAAGUACUUGACGUCGGAUAUAUUUGCUACUGAUUGCCCUGUUUCCCGAUUCGUUAGUCGGAAUGCGAUUCCAGUGUUGGAUUCUGGAGAACGGUUCUAUUCAUAUCGACUCUAUGUCUCCCAGACAAAGCCGGCCAUGGUCAAACCAAUUUGGCACAACCAGAGCUUCUUCCUCCUAUCAACAUGUGCACUCAUCUUCAUCUCUCUCCUCCCACUAACAACACAACAAACACCUGAAACCGCUGAAACAUCCAUCACCCGUUUCCAACAAUACUUGAGAAUAAAAACAGCUCACCCAAACCCAGACUACUCCACUGCAGUUUCCUUCCUCAAUGUCUUAGCCAAAUCCAUCCCCAACCUCAUAACCAAAACCCUCUACCUAACCACACCACAAAAACCUCUCCUUCUUGUCACUUUCUUAGGCUCAAACCCUAAUCUCCCAUCCAUCCUCUUCAACUCCCACCUUGAUUCAGUCCCUGCUGAACCCUCAAAGUGGGUCCACCCACCUUUCUCUGCUAUCAAAACCGAUGAUGGAAAAAUCUUUGCUCGAGGUGCCCAAGAUGACAAAUGCAUAGCUAUCCAAUACCUAGAAGCUCUCAGAAACAUCAUAAAAAGAGACCCUGAGUUCAAACCCAUUAGAACACUUCAUAUAUGUUAUGUCCCUGAUGAGGAAAUCGGUGGGUUUGAUGGGAUGCAAAAGUUUGUGGAAUCAAAAGAGUUCAAAGAAAUGAACGUAGGGUUCUUUCUAGAUGAAGGACAAGCUUCAAUCAACAAUAAAUACCGCGUGUUUUAUGCGGAUAGAUCUCCUUGGAAUCUUGUUAUCAAGGCUGUUGGAAAACCAGGACAUGGAUCGAAGAUGUUUGACGACACUGCAAUGGAGAAUUUGAUGAAGAGCAUCGAGGUUGUGUCAAGAUUUAGAGAGAAUCAAUUUGAUUUGGUGAAAACCGGGGUUUUAGCAAACUCCGAGGUUGUUUCUGCAAAUCCGGUUUAUUUAAAAGCGGGAACUCCUUCUAAAAAUGGAAACUUUGUGAUGAACAUGCAACCAUCUGAGGCGGAAGUGGGUUAUGAUGUGAGGUUGCCACCAACCGUUGAUCCGGAUCUUUUGAAGAAGCGGAUUGCUGAAGAAUGGGCACCUAAAACAAGGAACAUGAGUUAUCAUAUUGUGGAGAAAGGACCAUUGAGAGAUUAUAUGGGGAGGCCUUUGAUGACUGCAACUAAUGAUUCGAAUCCAUGGUGGAAUGUUUUUAAGGAUGCUGUUGAAGCGUGUGGUGGGGAGCUUGAAAAGCCUGAGAUUUUAUCUUCUACUACUGAUGCUAGAUAUAUGAGGCAACUUGGGAUUCCGACUUUUGGAUUUUCGCCUAUGAAGAAUACCCAAAUUUUGCUUCAUGAUCAUAAUGAGUAUUUGGAGGAUAAUGUGUUUUUAGAGGGUAUUAAGGUAUAUGAAUCUAUCAUUAAGUCAUUAAGUUCCUUUGAGGGGUGACACCUUUAUACAGAUACCAGGAUGAAUAAUUGUGGGGCAAGGUUGUUUCCACCAUGUGAUCAGAAUCUACGAUCAUCUUGAUUACUUGUGUAUUUAUAUCUCAUUGUUGUAUACUAACUUUUUGAUAUUUGUUUCAAUAAGAUAGUUUGUGGUUGUGUUGUUGCUGAA